AUGCCCCCGCUCUGGUACUUGCUCUCCUUCCCUGAUCCUGCUCCUCCUUGUACGGAAGCCGCCGCGAGCUACAGCACCUCAUCGUCACGCGUGCCUGCUGCUUCCAUCACCAUGGACAUCACCAGACAGCAGUGCAGCAAGGUGUCGUCCCUGGAGAUGGAGAUCCCUGCUGAUCUCAUCAUCCGCAUCGGCAACUCCAUUUUCCCUCUCCACAAGGCGGUGAUGGUGCCCAAGUGCAGCUACAUCCGCCGUGCCGUCGCGGCGGCGACCACCAGCAGCAAGGGCGACGCCGACGACGACGCCCCCAAGCCCCCCGUCGUCGAGCUGGACCUCUCCGCGCUCCCAGGCGGCGCGGACGCGUUCGAGAAAGCCGCGAGGUACUGCUACGGCGCCAACUUCGAGAUCACGCCUGCCAACGCGGCGGCGCUACGAUGCGCCGCGGCGUUCCUCGACAUGCGCCACCCAUCGGCGGACCUAGCCCGGCGCGUGGACGAGUUCCUCGCGCGGUCGGGGCUCCGCACGCUGCCCGGCGCCGUCGCGGUCCUCCGCUCCUGCGAGGCGCCCGACGACGACCUCCUCCGGGACGCCGCCGAGCAGCUCGGCGUCGCGCACCGCGCCGCGGACGCCGUCGCGCUCGGGGUCUGCCGCGAGGCGCUGUUCCCGACGACCAAUUCGUCGUCGUCGCGGCCGCCCGGGUGGUGGAAGGCGGAGCUGGCGGCGCUGUCGCCGCGCUUGUUCGGGCGAGUCGUCACGGCGCUGCGGUGCCGCCGCGCGGACCCCGCCGUGGUGGCCGCCGCGGCGGGGAGCUACGCGGAGCUUGUCCUCGCCGAGGUCCUCGCGGCGCCGCAGGACUGCGCGGACCAGCGCGCCCUGCUCGAGUCCGUCGUCGACGUGCUCCCGUCGCCCGCCGACGGGGUCGGCAUCCCGGCGGCGUUCCUCUGCCGCCUCCUCCACGCCGCCGUCGCCACCGAGGCGUCCGCCAAGGCGUGCCGCGACCUCGAGCUCCGCGUCGCGGCGGUGCUAGAUCAGGCCACCGCAGAGGACCUGCUCGGCUUCGCGCUCGACGCCGCCGGGGAGCGCGUCAGGAACACCGACACAGUGCGACGCGUCGUCACCGCUUUCGUCGAGCGGCAGCGGCAGGCGGCGGCGCCGGAGAGCGAGCGGAGGAGGAGACGCCGGGCGUCCAUGUCCGGGACGACGGCGGCGACAGAGCUCGGUGCCGGGACUGCCGGCGCGCUGGAGAAGGUCGCUAGGACGGUGGACGAGGUGGCGGCGGAGAUCGCGACGGAGGAGGCCCUGCCCAUCUCCAAGUUCGUCGGCGUGGCCGGGGCCGUGCCCAAGGACGCGCGCCCGUCGCACGACUGCCUGUACCGCGCCGUCGACAUCUACCUAAAGACGCACCCGGCGCUGGACGAGAUCCAGCGGGAGAAGGUCUGCAGCGUCAUGGACCCGCUCAAGCUCUCGUACCAGGCGCGCCUCCACGCGUCGCAGAACAAGCGCCUGCCGCUGCAGGCCGUGCUCAGCGCGCUCUACUACGACCAGCUCAAGCUCCGCAGCGCCGACGCCGCCGCCGCGACGUCGAUGGGCGACGUGGUGGCGGACACGCAGUCGUCGUCGGCUGCCGGGAGAGCUCGCGCGCAGGCCAUGGCGGACGCGGCGCUGGCGCGGGAGAACGAGGCGCUGCGGUUGGAGCUGGCACGGAUGCGGGCCUACAUGUCGGAGAUGCAGCACAGCAAGGGGAGCGGGUCGUCACCGUCCCGGACGGCGAAGAAAGCGACCUUCUUGGGGUCGGAGCUGGCACGGAUGCGGGCUUACAUGUCAGGGAUGCACCACAGCAAGGGGAGCGGGUUGACGCCGCCGUCGUCACCGUCCCGGACGGCGAAGAAAGCGAGCUUCUUGGGGUCGGUGUCCCGGUCGCUGAGCCGGCUGAACCCGUUCAAAGGCGGGUGGACGACAAACCACACGGGCAGCAUCGCCGCCGGUGGGCGCCAGUGCAAAACGAUGCACCAUCACCAUGUGGUCACGCCCAAGAGGAGAAGGUCCUCCAUAGGUUAA